AUGGUCCACCUCAGGCUUGCCUCUCCACGCGAUCGCCUGCGCCUUACUGCCGUCUGCAAGGCGUGGCGCACUGCUGUGUCGCGCCUCCCGGCGCCGCCGCCCACCCCGCUGCUGCUCCUGAUGCCAUGUGCCCGAUUACACAAGACGAAGCGCCUGUGCGGCCCCGACGACUGCUGGGCCAUGCCCGUUCCAGACAAGGCAGAAGACAAGUUGUUCGUUGGCUCACACGACGGCGGCUGGGUUGCUGCGCUCGACUGGGCCGACCGGUCGGCGCUCCUGAUCGUAAACCUCUUCUCUGGUGCCGAGGUGGUGGUCUCUCCGGUAUGCUCGCCUAAUCCUAUCCAGACAGUCAACUUCCAGAAAGUCAUCUUCUCUGAAGACCCCGCCUCCAGCAGUUGCAUCCUUGCCGCCAUCAAUCAUCAGCGGUCCUGCAUUGCACUGUGCAAAGUUGGUGGCCACGAGAGCGGAUGGACCGUAGAAGAGAUGCAUGACAUGUCUAUUAUAGACAUCUCAUUUUGCAACGGCGAGCUCUAUGGUCUUAUGCGUCUUAAUGAGCUCUAUGGUCGUAAGCAUCCUAAUGAGGAGCUGAUCAAGUUUAAAAUCAACAUGAAGGUAGACGGCACCCCGAUCAUCGCAUCUCGCCACCCGCUGGCCGUCGAAAGGCGCCACGGUCGCGAGAGAUUUGCGGGCCAUCUCUUCGAGCUACACGGCAAGCCAUCUAUGGCGAUAGAUGAUUGCUGGUUGCCCAACCGAAGGUCUUUCUACAAGGUCUUCACACUUGUCGACACCGAUAACGACAUGGCUUGCAAGUAUAAGUGGGCGGAAGUACUGAAUUUUGGUGACCACGCCUUGUUCUUCGGGCCGUAUUCGUCUAAGGCUGUGCACGUGACGGUAGACACGCAUCAUGGUUGGAAGAGAAAUCAUAUCUACUACUCCAUAGAAAAUUUACGGGCAACAAACAAGUUGCCCGAUGACGCAGUGUACAUUGUUACAAUGGACAACCGCGAGCACAUGUAUUGUAGGGAAGAUCCAAGUGUCGGUGAUGGGGUGGAGAGGACAGGAUAUUAUGUGACGGGUCAUAACCAUCGUCCCAUGUGGCUUUACCCUCCAUUGUUGUAG